GGCUGCGGCGGCGCCCUCAGCGGCCCUCUCGGCCCGGCCUAUAAAGGGGCUUCCGCGGGCAGCGCCGCCUCCUCUCUGCUCGCGGCCUCGGAGGAGGAAAGGAAGGAAAGAAGCAUUAAAAAAUCUUUUAAAAAAACCCUUAAAAAGAGCAAAAAAGGAAAAACCAAAGGAAAAAAUCCCGCUUGCUGACCCAGGAGGAGGGUGACGGACAGCGGAGCGCGUGAGGAAGGAAGGCAGGGAGGGAAGGAAGGAAGGAAAGAGGAGAGCGGCGGACUGAGGCGCCUUCGCCCCCUUCGCCUCGCUCACGCCCGGCCUCGCUUCUCGCCCCGCAACUGAAGCUCGCCGUUGGUGUCUUCCCCCACCUAAAAACAGCGCCUUAUUAACGCCCCCCCCCCCCAAUUCUCGGUCGUUAACUGCCCUUUCGGUCCCUGACGCCCCUUGUGUGUGGCUCGGAUCGACUCCCGCCCCCAGUUCAUUUUUGCAGCUUCUCUGUACUCCCUGCCUUGCUUUUUAUCCCUCCUGUCCCCCAAAUCUGGUUUUUCUGCAGUCUGCCCCUUCAGAAUAUCUCGGACUCCCCCGUCUCUUCAGUCCAGCUCCUCUCUCUCUAUUGAAAGCCUUUUUGGGCUCCCACUUUUUGGGUGGGGGGGGGGAGAUUUUCCACCACCCUCUUUGGGCUCCCUUUCUCAGCCCUUUUACCUCGCGAAUUCACUGUCCCUUUUUUUUAUUUUAAGAUUUUAACUCGCUGGACAACUGAAAGGAAACUUUAUUGUACGCGUAGAUGAGCCGGGAUCUAUUUUGUGUACGUUGAAUAAAUAAAAAUUAUGAGAGGGGGGGAAACCCAUCAAUAGGUGUUUAAGAUAAUAUAGUUUUUGUUUUCUCAGAGUUAUUUUUUUAAUCAGAGAGACAACAUUAGGACUGAAACAGUUAAUAAUUACUUGAAGUAGUUUCUCCCAGUUGGAUAUUUUGCAAGGAGAGAGUGGAAGAAAUUUAUUUUUAAAGGUGUAAUUGGAAAUUAUUUAAGUGAAUGUUUAACUUUUUAGAAAAGUUCAUGCCUCUUCCUUUUUUAUCGGGUAUGAAGGAAUUUUUUUCUGCACAGAUACUCUACCCAGUGAUGUCUCCAUCCCUCUUAAAAACUACAUUUUGAAAUUUGCACUUUUUGUGUUAGCUGCUUUUUCUUCUCCAGUGCAAAGGGCUGUCUUCAGUAGCCCUUACAAUCUGUUCUUCUGGCCCUAACUAGUGCUGGUUUUAAAUUCUAGUGGGUGUGUUUCAAAGGUCUUGUUUUAAAAUAACUUAAACACCCAAUAGUAGCACCUGGGUGUUUGUGUGGAGAGUGGAAGAUGAACACAGCUGCUAGUAGUUACCCAAUGGCAUCAUUAUAUGUGGGUGACCUGCACCCUGACGUCACAGAGGCCAUGCUCUACGAGAAGUUCAGCCCUGCUGGCCCUGUGCUUUCCAUCCGUGUCUGCAGAGAUAUGAUCACCCGUCGCUCCCUGGGAUAUGCUUAUGUCAACUUCCAGCAGCCAGCAGAUGCUGAGCGAGCUCUGGACACCAUGAACUUUGAUGUGAUCAAAGGGAAGCCCAUCCGCAUCAUGUGGUCUCAGCGGGACCCGUCCCUGAGGAAAUCCGGGGUAGGGAAUGUCUUCAUUAAGAACCUGGACAAAUCCAUAGACAACAAGGCGCUCUAUGACACGUUCUCAGCUUUUGGGAAUAUCCUUUCCUGCAAGGUGGUGUGCGAUGAGAACGGCUCGAAGGGGUACGCGUUUGUGCACUUUGAGACGCAGGAUGCUGCGGACCGGGCCAUUGAGAAGAUGAACGGCAUGCUGCUGAACGACCGCAAAGUAUUUGUUGGCAGAUUCAAAUCCCGAAAAGAGCGUGAGGCAGAAUUGGGAGCCAAAGCCAAGGAGUUCACCAAUGUUUACAUUAAAAAUUUUGGGGACGAUAUGGACGACGAGAGGCUUAAGGAGCUCUUUGGCAAAUACGGCAAGACCCUCAGCGUGAAAGUCAUGACAGAUCCUACUGGGAAGUCCAAAGGCUUUGGCUUUGUGAGCUUUGAAAAGCAUGAAGAAGCCAACAAGGCAGUGGAAGAAAUGAAUGGAAAAGAUAUCAACGGGAAAAUGGUGUUUGUGGGCCGUGCACAAAAAAAAGUAGAACGCCAGGCAGAACUGAAACGCAAAUUUGAGCAACUGAAGCAGGAAAGAAUCAGUCGUUACCAGGGAGUUAAUUUAUAUAUUAAGAACCUUGAUGAUACAAUUGAUGAUGAGAAACUGAGGAAGGAGUUCUCGCCUUUCGGUUCCAUCACAAGUGCCAAGGUGAUGCUGGAAGAUGGCCGAAGCAAAGGGUUUGGCUUCGUCUGCUUUUCCUCUCCAGAGGAAGCUACCAAAGCUGUAACAGAAAUGAAUGGGCGCAUUGUGGGCUCCAAGCCAUUGUAUGUUGCCUUGGCGCAGAGGAAAGAAGAGCGGAAGGCCCACCUCACCAACCAGUAUAUGCAGCGCAUUGCUGGUAUGAGAGCUCUGCCUGCCAAUGCUAUCAUCAAUCAGUUCCAGCCAGCUGCAGGUGGCUAUUUCAUGCCUGCAGUACCUCAGGCUCAGAGCAGACCCACUUAUUAUGCACCUAAUCAGAUGACUCAGAUGAGACCGAACCCGCGCUGGCAGCAAGGCGGGAGACCUCAGGGCUUCCAAGGAAUGCCCAAUGCCAUGCGCCAGUCUGGACCACGUCCAACGUUACGCCAUCUGGCUCCAGCUAAUAAUGCCCAGGCCUCACGCGGCCUGUCUGCUGCCUCCCAAAGGGUUGGUGUUACCAACACAGCUCCAAACUUAGCACCUCGAGCCCCAGUAGUUGCCCAGGCUCCCAGAGCGGUUCCUCCGUACAAAUAUGCCUCAAGUGUUCGCAGCCCACACUCAACGGUACAACCUUUGCAGGCCUCACAGCCUGCUGUUCACGUGCAGGGGCAGGAGCCCUUGACUGCUUCCAUGCUGGCUGCUGCCCCUCCCCAGGAGCAAAAACAGAUGCUAGGAGAACGUUUGUUCCCCCUGAUCCAAGCUAUGCACCUCAGCCUUGCAGGAAAGAUCACAGGAAUGCUGCUGGAGAUUGACAACUCAGAGCUGCUGCACAUGUUGGAGUCACCGGAAUCCCUCCGUUCAAAGGUGGAGGAGGCUGUGGCAGUGUUGCAGGCUCACCAAGCCAAGAAAGAAGCUGCCCAGAAAGUGGGCAUAGUUGCUGCUACCUCUUAAACCAGAAAGACUGGUUGUAAAGAAGCCAAAUGGGUCCCUCUCUGGAAGGCAUCUGUUGAAGAUGUUUGGAAAUAACUUUGUCCUGCACUUUUCAACGCCAUGCAAAGUAUCAUUUACAAAUGCCCCAGUGUGGAAAUGUUUUAAUAUGCCUUACAUGAAAAACAAAAUUCCCUUACAGAGUUUGGUUUCCAAGACUUAAAUAUGCAACUUCCUUUUCAUUACCAUUGCAAAGAUUAGUCUUUUUGUCUUCCAUGAGCAGGACACUGAAGUUUUCUGCUUGAAUGUUUUCAUUUCUGGUUUGGGCUUUAAUUUUAAAGAAAAUCCCAUUUGGAAUGCCUGGAAAGUGUUUGUCAAUAAAGGAAUUUUAAACAAACA